GUCCUGAGCGCCUCACUCAAGAUGGCGGCGGUGUGGAGGCGGGCGGCGGGGCUCGGGCCUGUCAUCAGCCCGGGGGCCGCCGGCCUGAACGGCAGGGGCUGGGUACCGGGGAUAAUGCCUGUGCGGGGGUCUCGAUACAACCCCCAUUUCCUGGAGCCUGAGCUUAACAAGGAGCAGCACCGGGUCCCGAUUACCGAGCUUGGGCCAGAGGAGAGUGCGGCGUUGGAGCUCAGGACGAUUCAACCAAUAAAGGCAGCACCGAAUAACCAGAGCAGCAGUGUCUUCAGUGACCCCUUGACCAGCAAAUUCAUCAACAUGAUGAUGCGGCGAGGUCAGAAAUUACUGUCCACAUCGAUCAUGAGCAAGACUUUUGAAACCAUUAAACGGAAGCAGAUUGAAAGUCACCACAAAGCACCAGAGUCUGAGAAAGACGCCAUUGAGUGUAACCCACACAAGAUCUUCCACCAAGCUCUAGAGAACUGUAAACCUGUCAUUGGUUUAACGAGCAUACAGCGAGGUGGAAAAUCCUACCAGGUGCCGACACCCCUUACUGAUAACCGCCGGCGUUUCCUGGCUAUGAAAUGGUUAAUUACGGAAUGCUGUGAGAACCGGCACCGACGCACUCACAUGUAUGAGAAGUUGUCCCAGGAGCUGCUUGCAGCCUUUAAUAAUGAGGGCAAUGUGGUCAAGAGGAAACAUGAUCUUCACAAAAUGGCUGAAGCAAAUAGAGCCUUUGCCCACUACAGAUGGUGGUGAGAUGCUGGCCAGCAAGAGCAUUGAUCCAUGGACUAUUCAGAGCUCUUCUGCAAACUCACUUUCCCCUUCAGCAGGAGCCAAUCUGUUGUCAAAGAUUCAUCAAACUGAAGGGAAUGAAACUUUGCAUUUCUGAUUGCUUAGUUAUGGUGAGAGUUUGUAAAAUAAAUCUUGUGUUGAAACUGUUCUGGGGUGAGGUUGAUAGACGAAUGUGACCUGGUGUGAGUUGAGACAGGCAGAAGCUUUUGAUGACAAAUUUACAGAGAUAGAAUGUGGGAGACUAGUGUAUUGGCAUUGUCAAGUGUAGAAGUUACACAAACAUAGAUGAGCAACAGCAGAGUUGGGUAGGGACAAAGUUAUGAAAGAAAUAGGCAGAUUUGUGAUGGUAUAAAUGUGUGGUCAGAAGCUUAUCUCAAGAUCAAUUAUGACAAGUGUCUCCAAUAUUUAAAUUGGAAAUGUAUACUCAUCUAGUACUGGGUGUUGUCAGGGUACAUGUGAAAACUGCUUUUGGAUGCUUUCCAACCUCAGCAGAAUAAAGAUUCUUCUGGUU